AUGCCAGACAAUUUGAAAGACUUUCGUGAAUGGAAAACAAGUGAACGGAAUUGUAUUUACAUAGCUGUAGUAGAAGAAAAAUGGGGAAGCUCCACAUGGGGAGCUUCAAAUUAUGCUAAGUUAGGGUACGUAUUCGGCGAAUACGAAUAUUCGUGUAUUCGUACUUUUAUGCAAGUAUUUGGCAUACCGAAUAUUCGCCGAAUAUUCGGUACGUUAUUCGCCGAAUACUAG